AAUUGUCAGGGAAGAAAUUACUAAUUUAAUAUUUUUCUUUAAAAAAAUAUUUUAUAUUUCUCCCUUUUUAUUUCCCCCCUUUCUACUCUUCAUGAGCAUAAAGCAUAAUAAUAAUCUGAGAUCUCAUUCUGACACCAAUCUGAAAGGAUUUUUCGUUCUUUCAGGAAAAUUCCAAAUCCCAGUUUUCUUUUUGUUAUCCAUUUGCCCCUUUGUGAUCCCUCUGGUCCCGGAACAAACUCUUGUCACAAUUAAUCUUAUAUGGGUUUUUACAGCUAAGGCUGUUGUGGAAAUGUGACACAACCAUGGAAGGUCCACAUAAAUACAACCAGGUUCAAGCUUGUAUGUGAGAUACAUUAUAUAUGUGGCGGUAUAAAAAUGAUUAAGCCUUGUUGGAAACCUUUGGUGGAUGGUGAUGGAAGUUGGAGGGGAAGAGAUGCGAGAAGGCGAUGGGCUGAUCCAAAUGGAAGAGUUGAUGGAUUGUUUUGGUAUAAGGAUUUGGGACCUCACGUAAAUGGAGAAUUUUCAAUGGCAGUGAUUCAAGCCAAUAAUUUAUUGGAGGAUCAAAGCCAGCUUGAAUCGGGGUCAUUGGGUUCGCUUAGUUCAGGGCCGUAUGGUACUUUCGUUGGAGUCUAUGAUGGACAUGGUGGACCAGAGACAUCCCGAUUUGUAAACGAAAACCUAUUCCCCAUGCUCAAGAAAUUUGCCUCUGAGCAUCAAGAAAUAUCUGCGGAUGUUAUUAAAAAGGCUUUCUUGGCAACUGAGGAGGAAUUUCUCUCUCUAGUGAGACAUCAAUGGCUCGAUAAACCUCAAAUUGCAUCAGUGGGAACAUGUUGUUUGGUUGGGGUAAUAUGCAACGGGCUCCUCUAUAUAGCCAAUGCUGGAGAUUCCCGUGUUGUGUUGGGCAGGGUAGAUAAGACUGUUAAAGGAAUUACAGCUAUUCAAUUAUCAACAGAGCACAAUGCUAAUCUCGAGUCCGUUAGGGCUGAACUACAAUUAUUGCAUCCCGAUGAUCCACAAAUUGUGGUUCUUAAACACAAAGUUUGGCGCGUCAAGGGUAUCAUACAGGUCUCGAGAUCUAUUGGUGAUGCCUAUCUUAAGAAGUCGGAAUUCAACAAAGAACCACUACUGGCGAGAUUUAGGCUAUCUGAACCCUUCCACAAGCCAAUCCUUAGUCCAGAGCCAUCCAUAUUUGUACACAAGCUCAAUCCCAAGGAUCAGUUUCUCAUAUUUGCUUCUGAUGGUUUGUGGGAGCAUCUUAGCAACCAAGAGGCUGUCGAUAUUGUCCACAGUUACCCACGUCAAGGCAUUGCUCGGAGACUUGUUAAAGCUGCUCUUCAUGUGGCAGCCAAGAAAAGAGAAAUGCGAUACUCAGACUUGAAGAAGAUUGAUAGAGGUGUAAGGCGACAUUUCCACGAUGAUAUCACAGUCGUGGUCGUGUUUAUAGAUCCGUCUUCUAUGAAUAGAACACCUUCUCGUAGUUCGAAUUUUUCAAUUAGAGCAAGAGGAGGUGUUCCUACCUCUGCUAAUUCAUAGGCUUAUGCUUUAUCAGUUCUUUCCAAAUUUAUAAAUAUUGGAAAAGUAAUUGCAAGAAUUUUCUUAUUCUGUUAUUCUUU